CCUCCCCCGUGGUUGAAAUGCUGUAUAAAUGCAGCAUCAGCCUGUCCACAACAGUGUCUGAAAGCUUAUUGGUACCCAAACAUGAAGGGACUGAGCUUAGUUCUCCUUGUGCUUCUCCUGAUGCUCGCAGUCGGGGAGGGCAAUGAUCCAGAAAUGCAGUACUGGACAUGUGGGUAUAGAGGACUCUGCAGACGGUUCUGCUAUGCUCAGGAGUACAUCGUUGGUCAUCAUGGUUGCCCUCGAAGAUACAGGUGCUGUGCUAUGCGGUCUUAGCACCUGUCAUCUGAUGACGCCUGGAAGAUGUCACAGCAUGAGGGCUGAUUUCUUCAGUACAGGUAGCUGGGGUCCUGGUAACUGACGCAGCAUUCUUCUGGAUAAACCAUUUUGACAACUUUGUUUUACUCUCAAUCAACCCUUCUUGGACUUCUAACAUACUGUGUGAUCUGACAAUGAGUACUUUUGAAGUGCACUUUAUAUAGUUAGAUCUAGCUCUUUUACAGCUGUUAGGUGUGCAGCUGCAAUCCUGUUGCUCAUAGAUCUGUUAUUGUUGCUUGAAACUUUGUGUGACUGAUCCUGUAUCUAACAUUUAAUGCCGUUUCAUAAUAAAUUCUUUGUGAACAGUUA